GUAGCUAAACCAUAUCAAACAAACAUGGUGGCCCACAGCGAAAAAAUCUCAUGAGCGUGAUCAUGAGAAGAUCGUGAGCGCUUCAGUUCUUCGUGCUGUAGCCUUUCACGCAUUUAAAAAAGUGAGUGCGGAGGGGAAGACGUGAGAAGUGUGUAAACUACGCAUUUCGCUUUAAGUAGGACGGGAGCAAUCGCGCAGUUGAACAACACGGGCGGUUGUGGUCGGUCACAUUGACGACCGAAGGAGCCCGGUUUCGUGAUCUGUCUCGUCUAAGCGCUCAAUGAACGGCUGUUACGCUCCGGCAACGGUGUGCAUUCUCAGCGGCAUGUGUGACUUGGACGUGCGUGAAACGGUUUCGUCUGAGGCCUGACACCCCCGCGUCCCGAAGGCGACCAUGUUCGCGCUGUGCCGACAGGCGCUGCGCAGAGCGCUCGUCUCUCCCACUUUGGCACCGACGCUUCUCGCCAACAACUUCAGCGUGGCGGCGACCUUGCACAAGCUCCAGGAAGACUGGUUCAUGCCGGCACCCGAAAGGUGGCCCAAGAAGAACGACGAGAUCGAGCCUCCUCAGGAGCCCGGCCAGCCGCGCAACCAGGCCUGGGUGGUCCACUACCGAAACCAGAUCCGCUACUCGCCCAAGAAGAUGCUGCCCAUCGCGCAGAUGAUACGCGGCAUGAGCGUGGACGAGGCGAUCAAGCAGCUCACCUUCGUUCACAGGAAGGGAGCCAAGAUCGUCAUCGAGGUUCUCAAGGAGGCGCAGGAGAUGGCCGUCCGGGACCACAACGUCGAGUUCAAGUCCAACCUCUGGGUCGGCGAGUCCUUCUGCGGCAAGGCGGUCACCAUCAAGGGCAUUCGGAGGCACGCGCGAGGAAAGCUGGGCAUCAUUCAUUAUAGGUACUGUCACUAUUUCGUUCGACUCGUUGAAGGGCCACCGCCGGAGCAUUACUACGACCCUCCAUUGACACCGCAACAGAAGUUGGAAGAGUUCAUCCAAGAAUUGAGAGACAGGAGAGUCAAGUAUGGAACCUAACUCGACUGCCAGGAUAAUAGUAGAAUUAAAAUGACAUCUUUCUCGAUUUAUUACAA